AUGAAGCUCAAUCUUGCAAAUCCCCAGGCGGGGAUGCAGAAGACCGUCGAAGUCGACGACGAGAAGAAGUUGUUGCCGUUUUUCGAAAAACGUAUGGGCACUGAAGUUGCAGGUGACAGCAUCGGUGAUGAGUUCAAGGGCUACAUCUUCCGUAUUUCUGGCGGCAAUGACAAGCAAGGAUUUCCCAUGAUGCAGGGCGUCUUGGUGAACCAUCGUGUCCGACUGCUGUUCCGCAAAGGGAUGAAGUGCUACAGGCAGCGGAGGACCGGUGAGAAGAAGCGCAAGAGCGUGAGGGGUUCCAUCGUUGGCCCUGAUCUUGCUGUCCUCAACCUUGUGCUGGUGAAGAAGGGACCGGAAGCGAUCCCCGGCCUGACCGAUGCGGAGCGCCCUCGGCGAUUGGGACCGAAGCGCGCGAACAACAUUCGCAAGUUGUUCAACUUGUCGAAGGAUCAAGAUGUGAGGAAAUACGUCGUUCGUCGACAAAUUGAGGGAAAGAAGAAGACAAAGGCACCCAAGAUUCAGCGCCUCAUUACAAAGACGCGCGUGCAGCGCAAGAGGGCAUACUUGGCCAAGCAGCGCCGAAGUGUCAUCAAGAGCCGUGAAGAGGCAAAGGCGUACAAGGAUGUGCUUUCUGCUUACAAGCAUGAGCUCAGAAAGAAGCGUGCGGAUGUUGUUGCAAAAAAGAAGGCACAGACUGCGACCGUUGCGGCACCCGUAGCCAAACCCGCAGUAGUGAAAAAGGACGUCAAGGCAAAGGCAGCUACAGCGAAGAAGGGCGGCAAGUAA